AUGAAGUGUCUUCCUCAUCACAAUUCCGAACCACUCAGACUCUCUCUUGCGUGGACUGGUGUUUCAUCCUUAGCCAACAUCUCUGUUUCUGUGGGUCUCGAGAUUUCUGGUUCUCCGAAGAUUCAGAAUUUUUCAGAAUUAGUACACAAGCCGAUGCUAGUUGAGCAGAAUCUCAAGAGGGGUGCUGAAUUGCAAGAACAUAGGAAGAGAGCUGCUCCACAAGGAUUCCCUAGUUCGGAUCAAGGGCAAUGGAAACAGAGAAAUGAGGGAAGCAGUUCAAGUCAGAGACAGAUACAGGGAAAUCAUACCUCUAACCCCUGUAAGUUCUGUGACCGCAUACAUCAUGGAGAGUGCAGAAAGGAAGUGGGAUCAUGUUUCAAAUGCGGUAAGGAUGGGCAUUUCAUUAGAGAAUGUCUAUUGUUUGCGGUGAACAACAGAAGGCCCAAUCCAGCUCAAAACUUUAGGCCGAAUAACCAAGGCAACAAUCAGCGAAGGACUGUACCAGCACGGGUGUUUGCUUUGACACCGGGAGAAGCUGAGGACAAGGAUGAUGUCAUCACAGGAAUUGUUCCCUUAUUUCUCAAUAAGGCUAUUGUUUUAUUUGACUCGGGGGCUACCCACUCCUUUAUUUCAAUGGAUUAUGUUAAGUUGUGCCCCAUUGUUGCUAAUGAGAUGGACUACAAUUUGAGGGUCUCUACCCCAACUAGUGAUAUAGUGACUUGUAACAAAAUUUUACUCAAGUGUCCAAUAACUAUUAGCGGGAAGGAAAUGCCAGCUAACCUGAUAGUCUUUCCUAUGACUGGGGAAGUGGUGUUCAAGUUUCCGGAAGAAGAGGAACUUCGGUUUAUGGGUUCUAGAGUGCGUACCUCUCCAUCAGUUAUUUCUGCUUUUCAGAUUGACAAGAUAUUACGUGAUGGGUGUCAAGGGUAUUUGGCCUUUGUGGUGGAUGAACCAAAGGAAGAAUUGAAACUUGAAGAAAGUCCUAUUGUGAGGGAAUAUCCGGUAGUUUUUCCUGAAGACUUGUCUGGAUUACCGCCUGAGUGGGAGGUAGAAUUUGCUAUUAACUUAACCCCAGGCACGGCGCCUCUUUCCAAAGCCCCUUAUCGAAUGGCACCAUCAGAGUUAGCCGAGCGUAAAGAACAGUUGCAAGACUUAUUAGACAAAGGUUUCAUCAGACCUAGUGUGUCACCUUGGGGAGCUCCAGUGUUCUCUAAAAUUGAUCUUAGAUCGGGUUAUCAUCAAUUAAAGAUCAAGGCAGAGGAUGUGCCUAAGACAGCUUUCAAGACCGGGUACGGCCAUUAUGAAUUUUUAGUCAUGCCUUUUGGUUUAACCAACGCCCCAACAGUAUUUAUGGACUUGAUGAAUCGGGUUUUUCAUGAGUUCUUAGAUAAAUUUGUAGUGGUGUUUAUUGAUGAUAUAUUAAUCUACUCCAAGAGCAAAGCUGAAUUCGAAGACCAUCUGAGACAACUUCCAGGAAUUGAAGAAGAAAUUGGUGACAGCUCCAGUUCUGACAGUCCCUAG